UUUUACUGCUUCGAAUUUUUUCUAUUCCUAGCAAUAAUUUGCACUCCACCAUGUCUGUUGGUAUCAAAUACAACUGAUAUAGUAGCAGUGGACCAUGGAAAAGCAAAGGUAAACUCAGUGAUUCUAGGCCUUACAAGAGCUGUUGCUAUAGAUGUCCAUUUCAGCCUGGGCUUCAUAUUUUGGAGUGACGUGACGGAACUGAACAUCAAACGACUUCGGAUCGGUGAGGAAAACACGACUACAGUUAUAACUAAUAUUGGUGUCUGCGAUGGAUUAGCCGUUCAAUGGAGGACAUCUCAGUUGUAUUGGACUGAUACAACGUAUAAUAGGAUAUCGGUAUCAGACCUGGAUGGAAACAACCAACUUACUUUAAUCUCCUCGGCAUUGGAAGAACCCAGAGCCAUAGCCCUUGAUCCGGACAACGAGUAA